GGGUUGGUACUUUCAGGUUGGUAGCUCAGUGAAACUUGGAAUGACAAUCAAUUCUGCUUAUAACACAGCCCUUCACACCUGAGCAUCUUGGGUGGAGAAUUCAGUCAACAUGAAUAGAACAAGAGUGUUUUUCCGUACCUUUGAAUCAUCUCAUUGGAGUGGAAAGAACCACAAUGCAUGCAAAGUGAGUAGGAAUCCAUGGAAGAGAAGCAAUGGGAAGGAGCGAAGCCCUAUAUCAGAUAUGAUCAAUAGGGUUGUGAAGAACAUGAGUGUUCCAGUAACAGUUUUGCAUGUAACACCAAUGAGUUCUUAUAGGAGUGAUGAUCAUGUGGGAACUUGGAGUGACAAUCCAUCUGUUCCUGAUUGCAGCCAUUGGUGUCUCCCUGGUGUUCCUGAUAUGUGGAACGAAAUUCUCUUCUCUUAUUUGCUUCCAAAACCUCUCUAACAAUAUUAACACCAAACCCUCUAUCUUAGUGUGUUGUUAUUUGUUGUCUAAUUUUAAUCC